UUGUUGGUAGUUGGCAGCACGUGAUAGCUAGUACAGGCAGUAGAUCUAUCUCUGGCACUGAUCUGCAGUACAGGCAGCUAAAUCAGCAUGUCAGGCAUGCUAACCAAUGAGGAAAUAUCUCAAUACGAUAGAGACGGUUACCUCAUCAAAUCGCGCUUCUUCGACGAGGAAGAAUCACAAAUACUUCUACAGCAGACAAAGGAGGACGGCGAGCUAGAAAAGAACGCAAUACGACGAGACGACUCGAAAGGAGGCGUUUCUAAGCUGACGGUCUGGAAUCAUCCGGUCGACGAUGUUUACGGCAUGUUCAGCCGCUCAGAGCGACUAGUAGGAUGCGUAGAACAACUUCUAAAAGACGAAGUUUACCACUAUCAUUCAAAGGUUAUGCUUAAAGAGCCGUUUGUUGGUGGUGCUUGGGAGUGGCAUCAAGACUACGGCUACUGGUACAAGAACGGCUGUCUCUACCCUCACAUGUUGAGUGCAAUGAUUGCCAUUGAUGACGCGACGAGAGACAAUGGUUGCCUGAGAGUGCUUAAAGGUUCUCAUAGCGUUGGACGCAUUAACCAUGGAACAGCCGGUGAUCAGUUGGGAGCAGAUGUGAGGUAUGUAGAAGCAGCCGUAAAGCGACACGAAUUGGUGUACGUAGAGCUACGUGCCGGUGACGUUUUCUUUAUACACUGCAACACGUUGCAUUGCUCUGGACAGAACAAGUCACCAAACGCGCGCUGGUCCUACAUAAUUGCCUACAACGCAGCUAGUAAUGAUCCCCUUUGGAGUCACCACCAUGCUCAAUAUACACCCAUUGUUAAGGUAUCUGGCAAUGCCAUUAAACAACGUCAAUGGGAAAGUAACGGACUCAAGAGUAUAGAAAGAAAGUUCAACAAGCAAGAAGACAGAGGAGAUCGCACUGAGGACAAGUGAAUGGCAAAUUUAACACCAGAGUGCUUAUGUGAAUGACAUAAAACGUGAUUUACAUGGUAG